CAGUUGACAGGGCAAAACACUGCAGUUGGUCAGGGGGGGAAAAGAGCAGACAGGGGACAUGGACCAUCAUCGGGUGGACAGAGUGGGCCUGCUGUCUCCUCUGGAGGAGUCCAGCGCAGAGAUCAGCAGGGACAGCGGCGUCGUGUCUCAGAGCGCCAGCAGUCUGUCCAUGGUGAGCGACCUGUCCAGCAGCGGCACCGUGUCCCAGAGCCCCAGCUUCGGAGCAGCAGCCGCGGCUAAUGUUGUCUCCCGGAGCCCGAGCCUGAACCAGGCGGCAGGGGAGCACGGGACCGCCGAGCAGCAGCACGACUCGGAGCAGGACGACGAGGUCCUGAGACAAACCGCGCUCCAGUACUCGUCCUACAUCCGAGCCACGGCUGGAGAAGAGAUCCAGUGCUUGGAGAAAAGCUUGGAGGAAAUGCUGACGAGAGUGGAUGAGUUUGUGGGGAUGCUUGAUAUGAUUCGUAAUGAUACAUCCCAAGUUGUAAAUGAAAAUCUUCCAAAAAUACAACAGAAGUCUGAUGAAAUGAGACAAAUAUACAGAAGAAUUGAUAAAUUGGAGGCCUUUGUGAAGAUGGUUGGAACCAACGUCAGUGCAAUGGAGGAGCAGGUCACGCAGGCGGAGACAGAACUAGGAACACUACCGAGUGCUUUCAAGAAGAUCCUCCGCACCAUGACUGUCCCAGGAUUCUUAAAUAAACAGGCCAGCCCGCGAAGACCAGCCCCAAAUCAGCGCCAAGAAGUCCCCGGCGUGUUCCGGACAGAUGACUAUUUCUCAUCGCAGCCUGAACAGUGACAGAACUGCAGAAUCGAAGCCUGGUUCUAACCUCAGAGGCCUGUUCAGUGAAACUGUACUGACAACUGCCAUCCCUCUGAGGAGGAUCCAUCAGUGCAAGUGACCUCAAGAAGCAAUAGUAGCUUUUUCCUGAACAAUUCACUGGAAGACAAAUGACAAUUUACCACAGUUUUAUUGUCAGUUUUUUCUUUUUUUUUUGAGGUGACGACAAGCUCUGAACUGUAGCAACAUGUUUUUUAAAAGUGCCUACAUGGAGUUUUGCGCCUUUCAAGUUUGUGGAGAGAAAACUGUAUGAUGGUUAAACUUUGACAAGUCGGGAAGGAAAAAAAAAAACCCUGCUUGUUUACAAGGCGCGGUAAAGACGGUACAGUAGAUGUAACAGAUGAAAAAUGACCCCAGCCUCUUUUUCUACAAAAAUAUAUUCCUGUUACUGGUGUUUGUACAGCUCUGCACGUUGAACUAAUCUGUAAUUCUGUAUGACUAAUUCCUUGUACCCCAGCAAUAUUGCUAUUAUCCAGUUAAGCAUUUAAUGUCUUCCAUUUCAAAAUAUUCACUUCUUAUCUAGCCUUAUCUUUCUGGCUGUGGAUGACAGUUGCUUCACUGACAUGGGGCUAAAUCUUUACUAGCACCGUUUUUUAUGGAACAAAGCACAGGCGCAAGAACCAGUAGUUUUAGUUUCUCAUGCCACACUCUUAGCUAAACGCUUUGCGCCACAAAUUGUGAAUUAUCACAACAGGAAACUUUGAUUUGUCUCAGCAUGAUGUAAUGUGGCUCUAACCCCCAAAAGCAAGGUGGUAGGUGUCACAGCCAUUAUUUAGAUUUUUUUCUUUUCUUUUUUGCCAAAGUAGUUGGUACAGAUCUCUUUUUUACAUGCUAACUUUGGUUGAAGUUUUUAAAUUAACCAAUAAAAUGUAUUUAAGUCAAA